AUGGCCCGUGGCGGUGUGGUUAGAUUGCCGUCAUUCAUCGACGUACCCCCAUCUACGGAGACGGAUAGAGAAGGCGGCAGGUCGUGCUUUGGGAAGUACGGUCGAACAGCUUAUGGUGGCAACCCGAUUGUCCAGCAGACGCUUCCCUCUACUUUCUUCUACAUUGCCCCACAGUACGUCAUUCCGUUGUUUUUCGCGGUAUCGUUCGUGUUCAUCCCCAUCAGCAUCACACUGUUUAUUACGUGCAACGGUCACUACGAGGUCCGGGGUAACUAUCAACAUAUUCACAAGUACCAGUACAUCCCAAGUGACCCUAAGGUCAACAUUAAUGAGGGAAUCCGCAGUUUUUAUGUUGGGAACGAAGUCCAUAGACAAGGGACACGUACUCGGGUUAGUUUUAAGUUGGAGAAACCCAUGAAAAAACCAGUUUACCUGUACUAUACGCUCGGCAAUUUCCACCAGAACUUUCGAGCAUUUCACGAGGGUCGUUCGUUGGACAUGUUGCGCGGGCAUCGGAGCAUCAUAGGUUCAUACCCCGAAUGUCAGCCGUACGAAAGACCUGGCACCAUAAACAAGGCUGAGAAAACGGAGGUGAAGGUUGUGGUUGAUGGGGAAAAUGUCACGCUUAAGUACGAAGAAUUCCUUUAUAAUCCAUGCGGAAUCGCACCGUGGUCCAUGUUCAAUGAUACUUUUGUGCUGUACCGCAGCCGAGAUGUGAGUAGUGCCCAAAAUGACAGCGUCAAGUUGGACGAAGGAGCCGAAUUGAUCUGUAACACCAGUGACUUCGGCCCUACGGGAGAACCGCUCUACCAAAGCAAAACUCCCAACAAAUGCAAAAAAAAGGGCAUCUCGUGGCCCGCCGAUGAGAAAAUACGAUUUAGGCCCUUAGAACGCGACAAGAAGCUGUGGUCGCUGAGGUACCCACACAAGAAUGAUAAUGUCUAUCUCACGAACGGUUGGUAUGCCGACGAACCAGGUCAUCGUUUGACGGACCCGGAAGAUUACGAUAUGCAGGUGUGGAUCCGCGCAGCCUUCCUUUCCAACUUCUCAAAGCUGUUCAGGAUUAUUGACGAGGACCUCCGCGAGGGCAACUACUUUUUGGACAUUGAAGAAUUUUUCGAUGUUACGACAUUUCAUGGCACUAAGGGAUAUUUACUCCGUACCUCAUCAAUGUUUGGAAGAUCGGGUACAUUGUUUGCCGCUACUUUUUUGAUAGUUGGUUCAGUGGCGUUCGUCGUUGGAGUUGCCUUUGCUAUCCAGUACUGCAUGGCCAAGAAAGGCUUAGGAAACAGUCUGCCGCAGCCCAAAGCUAGUUGGUACACAUUCAAUCGAACAGGCCUAGAUAUUCAAAAUUAUUUUCAGCUCCGGACGAAACGGUACGAAAUAUGCCCCCAAAGCUCUGAUGAUGAGUGA